CACAUUCGUUUAUUAAUUUCACCAGGCCAUUAGCAUUUCACAAGAAACCUUAUCUGCCUGGGGCCAAUGAACACUCAAAAGGAUGACCUCUGUUAUCCACCUCUUUUUCACGUUACAUCAAUGUAAACAAACACUUGGGCUAAGGGACCUAAUCACACCCAUUUCUGUGUAUUUUAUACAAAUGUUGCAUGACUUUAAGGUGCUGUAGGGGACUGUAUGCUUUAUCCAGUGUAAACCACGUGCACAUAUUCGCUAACUGCAUCCUCUUCCCUGUCAAACCCAGUGUAACAAUUCAGCAUACUAAGCAGCUCCCCUACCAUUAAUCACAUAACAAGAAAACUAUAUUUUCUCACAUUCGUUUCCGUUGUUUGGGCAAUCAAAUGGCUGGAUAACUCUAAAAAACAUAGUGUAAUUAAUUGUGGUCCGAGGCCCAAUGCGUUUCAUUUUCGAUUGGUGUCAAACGCUGUGUUUUGGCCAUAAAACACUUGAUUCAUGAUGUCAGAAACCAUUUCUGCAGCAAGUACAGGCCUAACAGGCAGAAGACGAGAUGCCUGUUCACGCUAACUUAUGAAACGUUUUGAAGUAAUUUGCAUUCCAUAAGUGUACACGCAUAUUUUGAUAUAAAUCUAUUAAUAUAAAAUAAACCGCUUUGAUUUCGAAUUGUUACAGCGGAUGUGAACGGCAAUCGAGAUAAAUCAGUAUAACAGUCUCGACAUCCAGUUUAACGGAGGGAGUUAGUUCGGAGCAGACAAUCGCUUCAAGUGUAAUCGCCUAAACAAAAUCGAUUUAGUUUCAGACCUGCUUUCGUGUUGCGCCCGACAUUAGGCCAACGGCGAACAAUAUGGGGAAAGGCGAGGACUGGAAGGAUUCCGAGACGGAAUGUUUAAUAGCGAUCUGGAGGGAGCCACAUGUACAGCAAACGCUGACCAAUUCAAAACGGAACAUCCACGUGUAUCAACAGAUUUCCGAAACUCUCGGCAAGGUUUACGGCAUCGACCGGUCUGGUGAAUCGUGUCGGUCGAAAGUGAAGAACAUGAAAUCGUGGUAUAAGCGUGAGAAGGAGAAGAGAAGUGUGCUGCCCGAGGGGUCGGACGUCUGUAAGGACAGUUCUCUAUUCCACCUGAUGGAGGAGGUUCUCUACAGUGACCCGACACUGUCAGGGUCCAGGCAUCUCUUCCCCACUGGCCUCGUCUCAAAUUUAAACAAACAUGACAGUGCUUUUCUGUCUGGGAAGGAUGAUUUUCAAAUUGUUAAGACUGAAGCCAUUUCUGGCAGUGAAAGUGAACUGGAUAGUUUGGAAAUCUCAGAUGAUAAAGAUGAAAACUUUUAUUUAGAUAAUGGGAGGAGAGAGGCUGCAGUUGAGGUGUCUAAUCAAGGGGAAACAACUCCAUCACAUUUAGAUUCAAGGGGGAGUAUUCUGGGUAGGGAGGGAAAUGCACUUUUCAAUUCAAAAAAUGUUACCGAUAUGGAAAUUCAAAAUUGUUCCAAGGUUAAUGAUGUUUGUGGUUUGGAGAUUUCAAGUAGUCAGAAAGAUCAACAACUCAAACUUUUCAGUUCAGCUCAAAAUAAGAAACACGUGGCAAACUUUCAAACAAAACCUGAAACGCGAUCACAUAUUAAUAGAAGGAACAAACAAAUGAACAGUAUAGGUAUUCGAAACAGAACUGUGGGAACAAACAAUUUUUACCACAGUCUACGUCGACAAGCAAGAAAGAAUUUGGUCUCUCGAUGGUCACAUUUCAGUCUUGCCAACAAGAGACAACGAAUUAAUGAUAAUACUCAAAGUCAAAAUUGCAACAGUUUUCAACACACUGAACCAAAGAAUACUGUUUUAACACUCAGCCCGAAUCGGAAUAACUUUCAACUCAAGCAAGUUUGUCAUUCAGAACCAAGAACUUCCUCUAAAUCAUCAGACGGACAUCCGGUUGCUAAGGAAACCCAUCCUAAAGAUUGGCCAGAUCAGCAGAACACUCUUGUUGGUAUAGCUAACAAGCAUCUGAGCGAGCUGGUAGAGAAACUUGUUGAGAGUGAGCGCCAACAUUUGGCAUUGAGGCAGAAAGAGGCAGACGUGGAGCUGCAGGACGAACGAGAAGGAGCGAAUUGCCAAUGAGAAGCUGCGCAUCGCAAUGGAGGAAACGCAGAGAAGGGAAGACAGGGAACAUCACUACAGAGUGAUGCAGCUGGUGUUAGGGCGAACAGUGGUAGAGGGAUUGUCUGGUGGUCUGUCGGACAAGAAAACCUGAAUGAAUGAAUGAGAACUCGCAAUACAGAGUGAAGUAGCUGGUGUUAGAGCGAACAGUGGUAGACGGAUUGUCUGGUGGUCUGUCGGACAAGAAAACCUAAUCAAUGAAUGAGAACUCGCAAUACAGAGUGAAGUAGCUGGUGUUAGGGCAAACAGGACCAGCAGUAGACAGUCUGUCAUAUAUUCAAAUCAGAAUAUAAUUUUUGUUGAUGCAAUUUUCAGAACGGUGGUGCAAGUAGACUGGUACACUGCUGCUGCAUCUACCAUGCACUAAAACCGGGACCCGCUGCUGUCGUCGUAGACUAGUCCACCUGCAGAUUAAAAUCUGAAUCUGAAGUUGUGAUCUCGAGAAUUUGCGUCAGUCUCGAUACCUAUC